AUGUUAUAUUAUUUAUGGAAGAGUACUUUGAUUACAAUAGAAGAAAUUAAUGAAUUACAAGUACUUGAGUCGCAUCAUGAAAUGCAACAACUUCGUGAAAAUGUAUCUACCUUUAAAUCAACGUUGAUAGAUACUCGUUGGAAAUUGAAAUUUCAUAUGGGACUUAAUUUUUCUGAAAAUGUUGGUACUCCACAAAAUGAGUCUGAUAAUCCCUCUGGUGUAAAUAAAUUAGAAUCUAUAAUUUCUCAAACAUCGAGUUCUUCACAUCGCAUCACAACAGAUACAUCUUUUUAUAAAGAAGACAGCACCUCUGAUGAAAUUAAAGUUAAAUCUGACAGUAGUUCGGAGUCUGGCGUAUUGAGCAGAAAUAAACGCAGAAAAUGUUCACGAAUUACUGCAGAAAAGGCAGAUCAUUUAACAAUCAAACUGUCCUUGAUAAAUUUAAUGUUAGCCUCGAAAGAAAGUUUGAUUUUGCAUUGUUUAUGGAAAGGCAAUUUUCAGAAAGCUCAAGAGGUGGUUGAGAUGUUCCACAUGGAAAAUACACAAUUGGAUGGUGAGAUUCGAUUUUCAGAAGCACUUCAUACAUUUAAGCAAAAUCUAUAUAAACACAUUCGUACAUUAGAUACAAUAGAUUUUUCUAAAGAAAGCUCAAAAACGUCUACACUAGAGAAUAUAAAAUUUGCUGCCCAGGAAGGUGUACAAUCCUCUAAGUACAUCAACCAACUUGAAACAUUUUUAGCAUCUCAACAAGUACAUUUACUAAUAUUAGAUACAAAUAUUCUACGUAGCAACGAGAUAUUAACUCUUAGUGCGCUGGAUCUAAGUUUGACUAUGGGCCAAACAUAUCAGCUUUCGAGCAAUCUAUGUGAUGUAGCGAUGAAAUAUUUAAAACUCUCCGAAACGUUUGACAGCACAGGGCAUGCGAGUUUCUUUUCAAAAAUUUAUCAAUUGUUUUAUGAAAAUAGAAAUAAUAUAUCUAUGAACGUUAUACUGUGUGACGCCAGAAUUCCGCUAUAUAUAAAGGAAUGGAAAGAAAACGAUACUAUUUGGAGCGAGUUUGAGAAUAAUUAUCGUAUGUUAUACGAUCGCAAAAGAAUAAAGAUUAUGGAGACGCAAUCUUGCAGCAAUAACUAUGAUACUAAUAUACAAACAGUAUCUGAUUUGUUAAGGACUCCAUUACAUCAUUAUUUUGGGUAUCAGAUAUUCGACUUGAAUACAGAGCCAGAUAAGCUCGAGAAGGUUGCUUCUAAUUUGCAAGUGAACUUAAUAUAUAGUAUCCUUGUAAAUGCAUAUCCGAAUAUUUCUUGUUAUGAUAAAAAAAACUACAGUAGUAUCAGAGAUUCCGAAUAUAUUAUACUGAAUAAAAGUCAAGAAGAAUCGGGUGUAAAAAAUAUAAUAAAAGAACCAAAUCAAUAUGUUUUGAAAAUAUUGACAGAGCUCCUACAAAUUUUACGUAACAUAAGUUCAGAACGAUCUCAUCUGGAUAAUUUAUACUUGAGAAGUAUUUCUGAUCAUACAGAUAUACGAAUGAUUCUAAACAAAACAUCGAAUCUUGCCAGUCUCGAUCUCUGCGAAUUAUCUGUGGGAGAUGAAACAUUAACAUUUUUUUUGAACGUUUGGAACGUUAUGUUCCUUCAUGCGAGUUUAGAUGUAUGGUCCAAAGAUCCGCCUCUCGAAAGUUUGAGGCAUACCAUUUCAUUGAGAUCGAUCGGUUAUAUGAUUGGUGAUUUGGGCUUAGUGACACUCGCUGCUCUUCGAUCGAAAUUACUGGGUAAACUCGCGAAUGAUAUUAAAUUCUUCACGCGAGUGGAAGAACUCAACGAAUUGGCAUGGCAGGAUUUAGAUCUUGUGCAAAAUCCGAGGAUUAUUUUCGCCAUGGCUAAUGAAUUCUACGGCACGCCUGAAAUUCGUGUUUAUGAAACACAGACGUUAAACGAUGCGUUAAAUGAUGCGACUCACGAUUAUUUCGCGUAUUAUUCAUCGAUAUCACCUAAUAAUGAGUCUGUAGAUGGAUCAAAACAAAAAAUCAGCUUACCUAAUUUUGUGAGGCAAUAUCAAAACACAUUUUCACGAGAUACCGAUGGUGAGACAAACGCUAACAGGAAUUUACCUUCAAUAGCUGAUUUAGAAAAAUUAAACAAAGAUAUAAAUAUAGAAUACAUGACGUCUAAUUAUACAUACGAGGUGAUACUAAAAUAUUCCAAAUGUAAUAUAUCAAAUGUUACAACCACAAAUCUCGUACAGACAUCAUGUUGGCAGACUCGGAUACUAAGAACUAGUUUAUUGCAAUAUCUAGAAAGACAUUGUUGGCUCGUCUCUUAUCUUGUACAGAGAAUGCAUAACGAAAAUCCGACUAUUUUGGAGAACUAUGAUAAUAUAAGCCGUAUAGCGUGUCUUGAGAAUCUUGUGAAUUCUCCAUGGGUGAAUAAGCUGAAACUCUUAUUUAAUAAUAAUCAAAUUCUCACCGCUAUUCAUGAUAAUGUACCCGAACAUGAAUUAUGGCAUUAUUUUGAACUUACGGAAGAUCAUAAUUGGCAAGAUUCUUUGGAGAUGUUAAACGCUCUAGCUGACAUCAUUAUAAAGUACAGUACAGAGUUGCAGCACUUCAAGGAUUUGAUUUUAAGUCAUAUGCUGUCCAAUUUAGGUGUCCUGUCUGUCACAAGUAUGUUACAGUAUCUGUAUCAAAUCAAAAAUAUACAUAUAUUGACGCAAACGAUAUUGCACAACGUUAACAAGUGGCCUACGAUUUUAUGUGAGCACGCAUUAUGUCACGCAUUGCAGCACGAGCACAGUCACAAGUUGCCAGUACACUGUAAACAUCGGAUGAAUAAUAUCUUGUGCAGAAUAACGAUCUUUCAUAAAAUGAUUCCGUACUGUAUGAGUAGGUCAAACAGUACGUGGUACGAUAUUGUAUAUUGUACGGAGAAGAUCGAUCCAUUCGAGAUUAUUAAAUCCCUGAUUGAUGCAGAUCAGUUCGAGUUAUGUUUGGAGUGGAUGGAGUGCCAAGCAUUUUCUUUGGAGAUGCAAAUCCCUGUGAGCCAAGACUUUCUAACAGGCCUUUUAAAAAAUGAACAGCAAGGUUUCAAGCAAGCUUUAAAGUUUCUUCAAACGUUAUCAUUGAGUCAGACAAUGAAAAUAUGUAAAGGGGUGCUUAAAAGAUUAGAAUCUACCAGCGCAUUACAAUUUAUCGCUGACUAUUUGUUAGACUAUUGUAAAAUAGCAGAGCGACCAAAGUAUCGGAAAACUUUGAUAGGACUACAAAUUUUAAAGAUGCUGGAAGUUAAAGACAGAUCGUUAUACAUCCAUUUAAUAAAAGAGCCAUUAUUGAUGUUGGAACAAUUAUUAAUGAAUUGUAAAUUUGAAAACAUUCAAAAGAUUUUGAAUUUGCUGCACGAUAAUUUACAGCAUCCCGAUAUAGGCAUUAGCAAUUUUGAUAAAACGAUAAAGUUUUACGCUAAAAAAUCGUUAGAUUUUCGUGUAUCGUUUCGACGUGAUGGUACUAAAAAUAAAACCAAAAAUAUAUCACAAUCUAAUCUUGAGGCAGAAAGUAAUGAAUUUGUUAUGCCUGUCAAUGUACCUACUAAGGAGGAAUGGGUCCCAAAUGAUAGGGCUAGAGAGUGCAGUUGCUGCAAGGCUGUGAUAUUUUCAAUGUUUAACAGACGACAUCAUUGUCGACGAUGUGGCCGUAUUAUUUGUGCUAUGUGGGCGCAAAGUGUUCCAUCGACAUCCAGUAAUGAGCUGUUUGAUUAUUGGCGAUUGACAAAAGACGAAAAACACAAUCGCACCAUAAGAGAAGAGUUCUCAUUUGAAUACGCGCCAAAUAUUUCGCUGUGUCUUGCUAUUCUUAACUUAUACUGCGAUUCUAAAAUGUAUACCAGUUUCUUAUUAGACCGUUGCGAUGAAAUGAAGCGAUUACUCCAACCCGUUAGUGGCGACAGGAUAAAUCCCGAAAUCGAUCAUGCAGUACUUAUCAAAAUGAUACGUUCUUUACUAACUGCAGCUAAAAUGAAAUGCGCGAAAUUUGGAUUUAAUACUGGCCUCGCGCAUUGCGAUCGAUUCUUAUCGCAAGUGGAUCUAAUUGCAACUCUAGUCCAGUCCGAUUGUGUAACUCUUAUACCAAUGGAUGAUCUCGAUGAGCAUACGCUGAGGAAAUUGCGCGAUCUUCUCACCGAGAAGGAACGUUGGACGUUGGCGUUGGAUGUGAGCACGAAGGCAGGAUUGGACACACAGGGUGUGUGGGCCGCAUGGGGAAAAGCUUGUUUGAAAGUGGGACAUUUAGAACAGGCGAAAGAGAAGUUUCAACAUUGCCUUGAUAAAAUUACACACGAAGAUCUUGACGAUUGGGUCAUGCUAGUUUAUCCCAAAGAGUCGAUCGAAAGUUCCAAGGAAGAGUUAACGAUAACGAUGACGCAGUCCGCGCAGAAGGCGAAUGAAAUAUCGGAUGAGCAAAAACAAGCGUGCAAAGUUGGUCACUUGAGAAAAAGCGAAUAUUUCAAAUGCCGCCCACUAAAAGAUCCACCGUUGCUAACGGAGAUUCUUCAAAUAUUAGAUACUUUAAGCAUUCAUAGAUCCCGAACACAGCAUCCAAGUCCGCAACCUAAAUCUGAUACGGCGCAAGAAAUUCUACAAACACUUAGUAGUCUAAAAGCUGUUAACCAAAAUCAAUUUAAUAUUAAACAUGUAGUAUCCGCUAAUCAAACAGUUUAUUAUCAAGAAAGUUUGUAUUAUCUGUUGGCAUACGGAAGUUACACCUCUAUUUUACAAUUCUUUUUGAGACAUAAAGAGUUUGAUAAGUGCCUAGUAUAUAUCUUAGACAAUGACAUAGAACGUGAUCUAUUUCUUAACGCAGUUUACUUGUACAGUUUGAAAAACGGCUACGUCGAGAAACUUCACAAUGCAAUGAGGGCGAGAGAUCCUACUUUAGUUACUUGGCGAAAACACUUAAUAUUCGUUUGUCAUUUCAUGGAAAGAAAACAAUAUUGGCAUAUUUUAUAUCAGAUACAGCUCUUUAUGAGAGACUAUGUACGAGCGUCGAUGACGUGCAUCCGUUUUUAUACUAACGAAGCGAACACUUAUUCAGACUUACAUAACAGGGUGCAUUUAUUACAAGAGGCUCAAAAGCACUUGGAGUUGGAAUUACAGACAGACAGCUUGACUAAAAAAAGAAAAAACAUUAACUCUGAUUACAGUGGUCAAAAUACUUUAGUGAUGGAACCCUCGGAGAUAGACAGACAUAUAAACACUAUAUGCAGACAGACAGAAAUCGUGAAGUUUCUAGCAAAUUGUGAAAAAGAGGAAAGACCUUCAACUGAAUUUUUAAAUCUCUUUCCAGAUAUUGACAGCGAUAAUUUUCAGUUACCUACAUUAUUUGACAACCAACAACAGAAGAUAUACCUAGCCGUUUUAGCUAUAUUGUGCGGCCGCGAUAUUGGAGAAGGAUUCGGCAUAGCUUUUAGAAUAAUGCAAGAUUAUAAUCUUCCACAACAGAAAGUGUAUUCUUUAGCUGGCCAUGUGUUAGCUUUAAAAAAUAAUAUAGCUGCAAUCGAGCAAUUGAUCAAGUGUUGCCGUAGUUCUGGGGCACCUAAUGCCCAUAUCAUUUCGGAUCAUGUUUUGGCACACUGUGUGAAAUUAUUAUUAACUCAUUCAUACACUGAACAGAUUCCAACACUCAAGAAUCAUAUAGAUAUUUUAAUCAGACUGAUAAUUGACACAGAAUUGAAAAUAAAUGCAUACAUUGAAAAUAAACAAUUAAAAGCUGCAUACCUACUUGCAGUGAAGUAUUCUAGAGCACAAGAUAUAAGGAGGAUCUUAAAAGAAUCAGACAGACUUGAUCAAAGUGCAAUUAAAGCGAUAUGCUUAAAAUGGCUACAACAAAAAGCGAAAAAAUAAGCAUUCAGAUUUAUUCUGACAAAAAGGUUGAAAAUAAAAUAAGUAUGUACGAGAUGUCCAAAAAUUUUGAGAUUUAAAGAUUUGAUACUGAAAUGUUAGGAGUAUAAAUAAGUUUCCGCCGUUUGACAAAAGAUGGCGCCACUAGUAUGUUAUGGUUAAAAUUGCUGCUGUAAAACGUCAUAUCGUAACGUAAGGUUGGACCAUGGUGGAAGUUUCCACCAUGGGUUGGACAAAUGGACACAGUUCCGAAGAACCACUCGGCCGCGGCGAACACGUUUUGGAACGCGGGUGCUUUCUAUUUUAUAUUUUUAAAAGUGUUGCCGACUUUGACUGUGCGUUGUAUUACAUUGAUGUGUGCCCGAGGAUGAGCUCGCUUCGAUAGUUCGUCGUUUUGACGGCUAGGACUCCUUAUGACGCGCGUUAUUACGAUGUGACGACGCCGUAGACGCAGGCGCCCGAAGACUGUUCGAGGAAUGCCAGGGGAGUCGUGUGGCUCCGC